AUGACAGGUUACGGGGCUUUGGCAGCAAUGAUGGCUAGCCAUCAAAACAUUGAAGCUUUCAGGAAAUUCUCCAGCAUGAACCUGGAGAAUAUUCUGCAUAUGCAAGCCGAGCUGCAGCAUCUCGAAGUGGUGAUCAACGAGGUGAGGAAGAUACCAGGGUUGAACAGCUUCGACCGGAUCUGGAUCGAUGACCCUGAGAGCAUGUCUGAAGAGGACAUCCGCCGAAUUUUUGAGCGGUCAAGGACCCUGCUGGACCAGUAUUAUCGAGCUCUAUUGAGAACAGCAAGAAUCAACGCGCUGCAGCAACCGCGAAAAGACAACCUUCAGCUCCGCCGGCAAUGGUACGACGAAGAAAGUGGUGGCGACCAGUUCUUGUAUGGGGUGGAAGCGGGCAUUUUCCGAGAUGCGAGCAUUGAGGCAGACCUGCUAACGCUGAAUGAAAACAUUGGAAGCAAAGAUGCUCUAGCCAACUUUCUGAGCGAAAAGGUGGUGCCGCUAUAUCACCGGGUAGUAGGAUAUAAGCUUCACCGGUCCAUGGCAGAGAAGGCAUUUGAGCGGACCUGGGAGUACAGACCAGAAACAUUGGUGCAGGUUGGGAAUACGAUAUGUAUGCUGUUGUCAGCCGUGAUCCCGGCAUUGUCAAUCCUGGUGCUGUUCAGCGUGAAAAGCAUGGCAGCACGCCUGGUUGCAAUCAGCAUGAUGAGCUUGGUGUUUUCAUUGGUGAUGAACGUGAUUGCUCAGAGACGAGCCGACGUCUUUAUGUCCACCACAGCAUUUGCUGCCGUGCUGGUGGUGUUUGUAGGCUCAGCAAACGUUAUGGGUGGUUGA